AUGCUCCUUCUCCUGCUCAGCUGUCUCCUGCCUGCCACCAAUGGGAAGAACUGCCUCCAAUGCUGGCAAGAGCUGCCUGCACUAAUAGAUUAUGACCUGCAGAUUCUUUGGGGCACCCCAGGGCCACCCGCAGAGCUCUCCCAAAGCCUCCAUUCCCUAUUCAUGGACAAUCAUUCUUCUCCUGAAAACUCAUACCUUGGUCAAGACCAUUUGGAGGAAGCAGCAGGAACAUUAUUCACUCACAUAAAUAAAGCCAUUAGGAAGCUUCGAGAUGAUAAACCAUCACUUCUGGAAGAGGUUCGUGUCCUGAAGCAGCAGUUUUCCAAGGAGCUGGAGGAUGUAUCUGAGGGGCUGAAGGACAAGGCCUGCAAUGAGUCCUGUGACAUCCGCUCCACAUUGGAGGUAAUCAGUUGCACCACGUGCCAGAAACACUUCCUUACCUGCCAAGACCCUGCUCUCUGCCCAGCAUGGACUGGGAAGAACUUCAGGUGGGCUAUGGGCAUCGGCAUCGCUCUGCCCCUGGUGACCCUAGCUGGAGGUGGAUGUUACAUUUUCUGGCUCGAGAAGAAGAAAAAGAAGAAGGACGAGGAGGCACAAAAGGUCUGGGACAUCUAG